AUGUGUUUCUGUUCAGAUCUUUUGGAUUUUGUUGAUGAGGGCAGAGAGAGUUUACAGGAUGUUCCAGAUGAAGCAAGAGAACCACUGGGCAGCCCUGGGUUUCUCGGCUCCCACCCUGCAGCAGAGCUCAGCACACCAGAGCAGCGGUCACAAGAAGAAGACCUGGCUGAAGAUGACCUGCCAGAGCUUGCAGGAGAUGAUGACGACGCCCAAGAAGAACUGAACCAAUCAGAGGAGGAGAAGGAGCUCAUGCACUCUGUACCAGCCGAUCAUAGCCCUGAAUCUCCACAGGAAGAGGAGGAGGAGGAGGACGACGAAGCAGAUGAUGGUGAUGAUGGUGAUGACGCUCUAAGUGCAGAAUUGUCCAUGAAGACUCCUGCAUUUGUAAGACAGAAAAGGGUUUUCGCAAGUCCUUCCACGCAGACUACACCAACAGUCCUCAAGGAAGUGAACGCUGGUCCUGCCCCUCAGGUUGCCAAACGGGCCCCCAGACAGAAGCGUCAAACAGGGGUUGAUGUUCUUCCCAAGAGUUACGUCAUGAGUGUGUUUAAACACUUUGCCAAGACCAAGGUGGCCAGUGACGUGUACCCUGCCAUUAAUGAAAUCCUUAAGAAGUACUUUGAACGGCUAGCAGAUGAUCUGGAGGCAUAUGCCACUCAUGCCAAACGUAAAACAAUUGAGGUUGAAGAUUUCGAGCUCCUAAUGAGAAGGCAGGGCUUUGUGACAGACAACACGCCUGUGAAUGUACUGAUAGAGAAAUAUCUUCCAAUGGAGUAUCGGAAACUUCUCAUCCCGGUGUACACCAGCGAAACAAAGUCAUCCCGAAACAAAGAAGGUGAACAUGCAGAUCAUCCUCCUUAA